AUGUCAUCCUUCUGGCUCUCGCUGCCACAUCCAGUGCUGUUGGCUCUAUUCGUAUUGAUCGUAUACUCUUUGCUGAAGUACAUCUAUCGCAUUACGCUUCACCCUUUGGCUCGCUUUCCAGGACCACCAUUAGCUCGUAUCACGAGUCUGUAUGCCGCAUCGAUCGACUGCGGUGGGACAACGUCGGUUGUCAAACUCCUGCCAGAAUGGCACAGAAGAUAUGGCCCCAUCGUUCGAGUCCGUCCAGACGAGCUUCACGUCCACGAUUGGCAUGCUUACUGCCAGGUCUUCAAAGCCAACACAAGGUUCGACAAAGAUCCAUCCUUCUAUGCCAACCCAGCAGUCGAUGGGUCGUUCUUCCAGAUCCCGUCGGCGAAGGAUGCGAAGCCGCUCAGAGACAUGUUCUUACCACACUUCUCGAAGGCAAAGGUGGAUAAGUUGGAGCCGUUGGUGCAUGAGAAGCUGGACUUCUUCCUCAAGAAGCUGGAAGCCGAGCAAGACAGUGUCCAGCUUGACACGGCGUACAGUGCUCUGACCGGUGACACGGCGAUGCACUGGACGUACCAAGAGUCGUUUGGGCUUAUGGAAGCACCAGGAUUCCGACACAAGAUGCUGCUCGACAUGGAUGAAAUGAGCUACAUCAUGCCACCACUUUGGUACUUUCACAGAGCACUAGGAGUAUUCAUGGCUCUAAUCGCAAGCCUACCCAAAUCGAUAAAGAGGAAGUACUUUCCGGCCGUGGCUGCACUGGAUGCCAUCGAAGCGACGUGCAGGGACCGUGUCUUAGCGCUCGCAGCAAAGUCCGAGGAUGAUCGCGAGGUUCCAGACAGCAUCUUCGCGACGGCACUGCAUCCCAAUGUCGAGAAGGGACAACGACCUCUGACACCACGCGAAUUGACCGCUCAUGCAUGUAUAAUGUUCCUGGGUGGUACUGAUACAACGAGUAACACUCUGGCGUUUGGUACGUGGCACAUCUUGCAGAGUCCAGGUAUUUUGACAAAGUUGAGGAAGGAGCUGGACGAAGCGAUGCCUGAUGCCAUGAAGCUAUACCGACAGCUCGACCUGGAGCGACUGUCAUAUCUCCGCGCCGUGAUUAAGGAAUCUAUCCGUUUCUCCAUGGGUACCAGUGCCAGGCUGAUGCGAUUAACGCCAACAGAAGGAGCAACUUUCGAUGGCCAGUACAUUCCAGCCACCACGCGAAUCUCCUUCUCCAACUACGUAUACAAAUUUGAUGCUGAUGUAUUCGAGGAUCCUUUCGUGUUCAGACCUGAGAGAUGGCUUGCUGAUGACACACGGUAG